ACUCCUCUCUUCCUCCUCAAUAGAGCCUCACCAUCUCCCUCCACCUACUCUCUCUGCAAACAGAGAGACAACAACACUAAAUCAAAAAACUAAACUUUACUUUCUUUAAGCAAUGGCUCUUUCACAAACAACUCUCUCUUCCAAGUCUCUCUACGCCAAUGCUCACUCUCUGUCACCCAAGCCCCACCAACCUUCUUUCUCUCUUCUUCCCUCCAACUCCAAGCCCAAGUCUUUGCAGCCAAUCACAGCCGUCCAUGCGGCGGAACCAACCAACAACAAGGUUGCUGUGAAAGAAUCAGCACCUGCCGCCGUUCCGGGGUCUGGGAAAUGGACAGUGGAAAGCUGGAAGAACAAGAAGGCAUUGCAGCUUCCGGAGUACCCGAGUAAGGAGGAAUUGGAGGCUGUUUUGAAUACUUUGGAAGCUUUUCCUCCCCUUGUUUUUGCUGGAGAAGCGAGGAAUUUGGAGGAGAAGCUUGGAGAAGCUGCCAUGGGAAAUGCUUUCUUGCUUCAGGGUGGUGACUGUGCUGAGAGUUUCAAGGAGUUCCAUGCCAAUAAUAUUAGAGACACUUUCAGGAUCUUGUUGCAGAUGGGUGCUGUGCUUAUGUUUGGUGGGCAAGUGCCAGUGAUUAAGGUGGGAAGAAUGGCGGGUCAAUUCGCAAAGCCAAGAUCAGAUCCAUUCGAGGAGAUAAAUGGAGUGAAGUUGCCGAGUUACAAGGGAGACAACAUAAAUGGUGAUGCUUUUGAUGAGAAAUCAAGAAUUCCAGAUCCUAACAGGAUGAUUAGAGCUUACUGCCAAGCUGCAGCCACUCUUAACCUUCUUAGAUCUUUUGCAACUGGAGGUUAUGCUGCAAUGCAGAGAGUCACUCAGUGGAAUCUUGAUUUUGCUGAGCACAGUGAGCAGGGAGACAGGUACCACGAACUGGCUAACCGCGUAGAUGAGGCCUUAGGAUUCAUGGCUGCGGCAGGGCUGACAGUUGACCAUCCUAUAAUGACAUCAACUGAUUUUUGGACUUCUCACGAAUGCUUGCUUUUGCCUUAUGAGCAAGCACUCACCAGAAAAGAUUCAACCUCCGGCCUGUAUUAUGAUUGCUCUGCUCACAUGCUUUGGGUUGGCGAGCGUACUCGCCAGCUAGAUGGUGCUCAUGUUGAGUUCCUCAGAGGAAUUGCCAAUCCACUUGGUAUCAAGGUUAGCAACAAAAUGGAUCCAAAUGAGCUAGUCAAACUCGUCGAAAUUCUAAAUCCUAACAACAAGGCUGGAAGGAUCACAAUUAUUUGCAGAAUGGGAGCUGAAAACAUGAGAGUGAAGCUUCCUCAUUUGAUCAGGGCAGUUCGCCGGUCUGGUCAAAUUGUGACCUGGGUUUGUGAUCCAAUGCACGGAAACACUAUUAAGGCACCAUGUGGGCUCAAAACACGUCCCUUCGAUGCAAUCUUGGCUGAGGUUCGAGCCUUCUUCGAUGUUCAUGAACAAGAAGGGAGCCACCCAGGUGGUGUCCAUCUAGAGAUGACCGGGCAGAACGUGACAGAGUGCAUCGGAGGAUCUCGUACGGUGACUUUCGAUGAUUUGGGCUCACGCUAUCACACACAUUGUGACCCAAGGCUGAAUGCUUCUCAAUCUCUUGAGCUUUCCUUUAUCAUUGCUGAGCGCCUCAGAAAAAGAAGAAUCGGAACCCAACGUUUGCUGUCUAUGGGAGUUUAAAUCACUUCAAAUAUGUCCAAUCUCAUGCACUUCGACUUCUUAGUGAUUGCCAAUCUGUCUUAAUAUUUGGUAGUGAAUAAAUGGGUCUCGACCAAACCCUUCUGUUGCAGCUACCCACCACUUAUUGUUUGAUUAGCAGAGAAAUGAAUUCAAAAGGCAAAGCAACAUGAAAUAUCCUGCAAAGUUAAGGUGUUGGUGUUGAAUUUUAUAUUUCAUUCAGAAUAUGUAUUUGAAUUUUUAUGUAACUUGAAUAAGUGAUUGUUUGAAAUUUUACAAGAAAUAAAGAAAAGCCAUUAUCAUGUCAUAAA